AUGAGUGAGACCAAUGGUGGCAAUGCAGCCAGGGAAAAUUCUGAGGUGAAACAAACUGCAGUUGAAAAUCCUAUCGAUAAACUAGAUGGAACUCCUAAGAGACCGAGGGAAAAAGAUCAGGAUGAACAAGCGGAAGAAACGAGUGACAAAUCAGAAGCACCCAAUAAAAAUGAUGAGGAGAAAAAGGAGGAAGGUAAAAAAGACCAAGAACCAUCGCAUAAGAAGAUCAAGGUUGACGACGGAAAGACCGUAGAAUCUGGUAUUGUGGAAGAUGACAAAAAGGAGGAUAAAUUCGUGUUUGGUGCCGCAUCUAAAUUUGGAACUGGGUUUGGUGUUGCCAAAAAGGACACGAAAGAUGGAGAUGCAACUACCAGUACUGAAAGUUUACCAGCCUCUGACAGCAAAACAAAGAAGCCAUUUGCAUUUGGUUCAGGUUUAUCAUUUGGCAGCGGCUUCAACAUACUGAAAAACAAAACAGAAAAUAACUCUGAAAGUGAAAAGAAAGCUACUGAUGUUGACAAAGAUAAAGUCCAUAGUGGAUCUGAACAACUAGCGAAUGCCUCAGAAGAUACAAAAGACAAACCAAAACCCCUCAAAUUGCAGAAACAGGAAGUCAAGUCUGGUGAAGAGUCUGAGGAGUGCAUAUAUCAAGUCAAUGCGAAGCUGUACCAACUUUCCAACAUAAAAGAAGGCUGGAAGGAAAGAGGUGUUGGUAUCAUCAAAAUCAAUAAAAGUAAGGACGACGUCGAGAAGACGCGUAUUGUUAUGAGGUCUCGUGGUAUCUUAAAAGUCAUUUUAAACAUCCAACUGGUCAAGGGGUUCACUGUGCAAAAAGGAUUUACAGGUUCUUUGCAAAGCGAAAAAUUCAUAAGAUUACUAGCAGUAGAUGAUAACGGUGAUCCUGCACAGUACGCCAUAAAGACUGGUAAGAAGGAAACCACGGAUGAAUUGUAUAACAUUAUAGUUAAAUCCGUUCCUAAAUAA